AUGGGGUCAAAUAAGAUUUUGGGGUGCCACAGUAAUUACAAACCUAUUCGCAAUCUCAUAUAUUGGGAAGAUUGUUAUUUGCACCAAACUUAUUUAGAGACCCAAAAAACUUCAUCAAAUGAUCCAAUCGGAAACCCACAGCAAGCAAAUUUGUACACAGCCAAAGUAGGCACGAACACAUUAUACGGCACAAACGUUCCCACAUUAAAAGUCGACCUACACGUAUUUCACCCAAAUUUUGACACCAUCACCAAUAAUUACGACAUCGGUUUAGUUAAACUCAGCACAAGAUUGAACUUCACCGAUUACGUGCAACCAAUUUGUCUGCCUAGGAAGAAUUACAACUCGAGAGAGUUGAGCAAAUUUGAUGUCUGUGUUGCUACUGGUUUUGGGAAAACAGAGCAUUAUUCCUCAGUUUCUCGCUUCUUACUGCAAGGUCGAAUGAACAUAAUGACCUAUGAAGACUGCAUACGAAACCUCAAGAGACAGGUUUACGUGGAUGAAUCUGAGUUGAGGCAAGUUGUCGUAGAUGAUAUCAUGAUUUGUGCUGGUUCCAUUCCUACUUAUUACGAACCCAACUCUUGUAAAGGAGACAGUGGCAGUCCCUACGUGUGCAGGGACCCCAACGGAAUUUGGACCCAGGUGGGUAUCACAAGCUUUGGAGUACCGGUGGAUUUCGACAAAAGUUGCACCAACAGCAUAUUUACCAGAGUCCCGGCCUUCAUUCAGUUCAUACAUGACACAAUGAGUUAUAAUAUAAAGUAA